AUGGAAAAGCAGCCGAAUGAGAAAAAGAAAAAAGACAAGAAAAAGAAGAAAGAAGAUCGGAAUACUGGCAAGAAACCUUCGAAAAAUGAUGAUAAGAAAAAUAAGAAAAAUGUGAGUUUCUGAAAGUACCUGAUACAUUUUUAGUUGAAAAAGUACCUUAUAUGAUUGUGAAGAGAGUUUUCUCACAACUCUCUGUACUCGAGGCUUUAUUACUUAACCCUAUUUCAAAAUACCAUGACAUUUUUUCCAGAAAAUAAAAAAGGCGAAAACCAAAUCGCAAGUGAAGCCUCCGCAAUCACUUUUGCCACCAGAAAGUCCAAAUCCUGGUAUAAAUGAAGAGAAAAAGGAAACAUUUCCAUCAAAUCCACCUAUUGAAUAUGCUUCUCUAAAAUGUGAUCCAAAAAAAGAUCCAUCGGAACCGAAAAAUAAAAUAAAACAAGAAAAAGAGGAGAGCAAUGAAGCCGAUCCUCCAAUUGUCAAAAAACGAGUUUCGAGAGUAAAAAUUGAUGAAUUUGAUGAAAGUACACAAUUGAAAAAGAAACCAUCGAAUCGGAAGAUUGAUAAGAAAAAAUCAGAUCAAAAAAUAGAAGAAGAGAAAAAUAUGAAAGAACAAAAUCGGAAUGAAAAAGUAGAUGAACAAUCGAAAAAUCAAAAUGGUUUGAUGGUUCCACUUCCAAAAGAAUCAUUACAAAAAACUCAAUCGGAUCCUCUUCAUUCUGCUCCACUUUCAAAUCCACUUGCUAAUCGACCAAAUUCAAUGACUAAAUUGCCAAAUUCAAGAUCAGGUCAACUCAAAAGUACCUCGAAAAAAUCAUCUUUGAUUGUCAAAAAUAAUUCAAAACAACUUGCAAUUCAUCCAUUAAGUCUUGCUAAAAUUGAUGGCGACCUGAUUGGUCGAACUGGAAUGUAUUUAGAAAGAUCUGGAAUGUCAGCUGCCAAAAAAAGAGCAUUUGAUUGGCUUGGUUUGAAUCGUCAUCAAUAUCAACAAAAAUCAGCUGAAACUGUUAAAAAUAUUGAAAUUGCUCUUUCGGAUGUUGGAAUAUCAAAGUAAGCUAUUAGAAGUAAGCAAAUAGUUUAUGUUUCUUUUUUAGAGAAUUGAUACUUCAAACUCUUCAAAUAUUUUUGACUGACAACCAAAUGACUGAAAUUGAAGUAGAUUCAAUCAAAAAAGAAUUAUUCUCAAAUGGACACGGCGAUUUUAUAACAAUGUCAAAAGCAGCUUGGAUUAUGAAAGAUAAUUGUAAAACAUAUCAAAGACCACAAGAUCAAUACUGA